AUGGGUGCUGCUUAUCAUUUCAUGGGGAAAGCUAUCCCUCCACAUCAACUAGCUAUUGGGACAUUAGGACUGCUAGGUCUAUUGGUUGUCCCAAAUCCUUUUAAAAGUGCAAAGCCAAAAACUGUCGAUAUCAAAACUGACAACAAAGAUGAAGAAAGGUUCAUUGAAAACUACUUAAAGAAACACUCGGAAAAGCAAGAUGCAUAA